CCCUUUUCUAGAGCAGAUGCUGGAGAGAACACAUGAUAUUUGGAAAGGGUAAAAAUAUAAUCCAACAGACAGUGGACGAUGCUGUAUGGUAUUGGUUCGCCUUGCCAUGCUUUGCUAGUUAUUGUUGGGCCUUGUUGAUCAUGGUCUUUGCUGACAAUGCUGUGUGGUAUUGGUUCACCUUGCCACUCUUUGUUGGUCAUCAUUUGUUGUGACUUCAUAGAGGGAAAUAAACCACAGAGCUUCUCAUGGUGUUCCAGUGCCUUCUGAUGCUACCAUGGUCUCAGGCUGACUGGCAGACCCUCCAGGUUUUGUUUGGAUCAAACCACAAUUACUGAUUUGUGCAUGGUGUUUGCAAGUGGAUCCAGGUACUGCUGCUGAUUCCUAUGAACUGAACUGCUGAUAUCCUAACAAAACAGCUUAGUUUUUCUACAAAGAACUAUUUCUAAACAGGUCCACAUCCCCAUUUGCUUCACCUAUCCUCUCCACUGCCUCUGGUGUGUGGUGGGCUAGAAGAGAGGUUAAAACAUUUAUGUACACUUAUUAAAGUAAGAUUUUGAAAAACAUAGGCCUGCAGUUAAAACCUAAGAACCUAAAUGCAAAGGCAGGAGGACAUCUGAGAGUUCAAAGCUUCAGAAUACUGUUUUUCUUGCUAUGCAAAAAUUAGGGUUUUGCCUGAAGCAGGAAAGAGAUAUCAAGAAUACAAGUUCUCAGCUGGAAAGUAAGUAGUAUUUGUUGCACAACAGGCCUGAAACUAACCUUCAUUAAGCACAAUGCCUGUUUGGAUUAGAAUAAUUUGAUUAGACAUGGCUCUACCAUGUUAAGCUAAAAAGGAUUUCUCUAGAGGGAAAAUAAUAGAAGCUUGAUCCUAGGUUAAGUUUUCACAUAAACAUCCAGUCUUUAGUCGAAAGAUUCAAUAUAAGACACACUAAUCAGUGACAAGAAUAAACAAAGAUGAAAAACAUAAUACAUUUGACUUAGAAGGCUUAGAUCUUAGACUGAGAGAUAGUAUUAAAAAUUCAACUUAAAUAAUUAAUUAAAUUAAUAAGUAGGGACAUUGUCCAAGUUGGUUCAGUGGGGAAAAGGGCUUGCUACCACCAAGCCCAAAACCUGAGUUUGUUCUCUGGAACCCAAAAGGUGAAAAGGGAGAACUGACUUGUGAAAAUGUCCUCUUGAAUUGUAUACACACACACACACACACACACACACACACACACACACACACACUGUGUCAUGUGCAUGUACAGGCUCCCAUUUCUAAAACUUGUAAACAACUGUUCAAGAUGUUUUGUGAAAUCCUUUCUAGACAAAUGAUGUGGGAAUUUAUGGUUUUGUUGGAGAUUCAGUUGUGUCAUGUGAUGUUUUUCUGGAAACUGUCUUAUGAGAAGUUUUGUGAAGAACAGACAUGUAGUAUUUUUCUGAAAGAUGACUGUUGAAAGGGCAUGUGAUGUUUUACUGGGGCUAACAAUUGAGAGGUCACAUGAUAUUUAGGAAGUGUAUAAAUACAACCCGACAGACAGUAGACAACGCUCUUGCAUUGGUUCACCUUUUUGGCCACUUUUUGUGGUCAUCGAUGGGUAUCUCUGAGGCUGGUCUUUGCUGAUGACACUCUUGCAUUGGUUUACCUCACUUUCUUCACUGAUCUUUCCUUGUUAUGACUUCAUAGAAAAAAAAAUAUCAAAGAACUUCUGGUGGUAUUCCAGCUGCUUCUUGACUAAUGCUGAUCAACAUAGCCUUGCAGUUUCUUCUGGAUCAAGCCACUGCUGCUGAUUCAUGUUGGGUAUUUGCUGAGUAGACUAGAUUGCCACUACUGAUUCAUGUUUUGUGUUUUGCUACUGGACUGGACAACUGACAAUGAACAUUGGAAUUGCCUCAAAGAACUAUUUCAAAACAGGUACAUAACCACUGUUUUUCUAUUAAACUUUCUUUUCCCCCACCUCUAGUGGGUGGUGGGCUAGAUUGGAGGUUGAAGCAUUAAAGAACCAUAAUUAAAGAAGAUUUGAAAAGACUAAGCCUACAGACAAAAGUCGAGAGACACCUUAAAAGAUAGAUGAAGAUGCAUUGCUGAAAUUUCUUAAGUAAUUUCUAAAUAAUGAUUUAAAGACUAAUAGAAAGAAAAUUUAAAUAAAAACAUUUGAGUAGUAUAAGAAGAACAAAACAUAGAGGACAAAUAAAAUAUACUCUCUAUACAGAGAAAAUAGAUAGUACAUAAAUUAUAACUGAAUUAAAAUUCAAUUAUACAACCUAAAUUAUCAGACAACAUUUAAGAGAAAUGUAGAUUACAUACACCCAAAUAAGCAUGUAUGGGCAAGGAAAGAAAACAGAAAAAGACUGAACAUUUAAAAUGGUCCAAUCCAGAAUAAAACAAUGUAGUUGGAUUCAUUGAGUCAAGAGAACGGUAUUUUAAGGAAAAUAUACACUGAUAACAGUAAAAAUAAAAGUAUAAUAAUAAUACACUUGUAAGUAUAGCAGAAAUAUGUUGUAUUAUGAUGUAACAAUUUCCCAGAACUACAGAUAUGUAAAGAUUUUUAAAAAUCCAGAAAUGCUUUAAACUUAAAUAAUAGAACUCGUGAGUAAAAGUAAGAUCAGAACAGAAAUUUCCAAAAUUUUCAGUGAAGUAAAAAUUAAGGACAGAAAUAUUGGAACUUAAGUGAUGGAAGCAGUAGAAACACAUGUUCAAGGCAGCCUAGGCUAUGUAGCAAGAGAGCUUGUUUUAAAAUCCAAAAUAAAAUAAACAUACUAACACACUGCAAUAAAACUUGAAAAUUUAAAACCUUGAUUGCAUGUAUUAGAAACUUGAGUAAGCUUUAAUUUUGAGAAGUUAAAAUUCAAACAGCAAAUAAAUACAAAUUUAAAAAAAGAAGGCCCCCCCACACACCACUAUAAAGUAGAUAAGUAUUCAAGAGAGAAAAUGAGUCCCCAGUUGUUUUUUUCUAAUAAUUAAAACCAUUUAAAAUUCUUAAAUGGGACAAGAAAAAAUAUAAAACAAUAGCUUGCAAUCCUCUUCCUGUUUAAAAAUGAAAGGGGCAAGGGUUGUGACAUGUGUCUUUAACUCCAGCACUUAGGAGAUAGAGGUAGGUGAAUCUCUGUGCAUCUGAGGCCAGCCUAACCUACAUAGUGAGUUCCAGGAAAUUCAGGCCUACAUAGAAAAGUGCUGACUCAAAAAAAGAAUGUAAGGUUAGUAUUCUAACAAAUUUUGUACCAAUAAACUUGAAAAUUUAUAUAAAUUAUCUUUCAAACUCUGCUUUUUCCAAAACUGAAGUAAGAAGAUAUCAAAAAGUUUAACUAGCUUUUUAAAUAAAUUUAAGACUGAAACAUACUGCCCAUACCAUGAUUGCAUAGAAAGUUACACAACAUUUUUGGGAAAAUAUAAAAUCUAAAUAAAUUGAGUAAUGUUUACAAAUUGUCAUUAACUAAAAAAUUCAGUACGUGAAAAGCUAGUUCUCCAUCAAUCAAUUUAUAAAAGUAACAAGUUCUUAAACUAUGCUUCAAGACAUUUCUUAGUGUGUAUAUUUCACAUGAAAAUACAAACAGAAUAAUUAUAAUAUUUUAAAUAGGAUAACAUUGAAGAUACUACAACGAAGACAUAAUCCAUGGAACAAGAAUUGAUACUAUCAGUGAUUCAAAUCAAUCUUUUCUUCUGUAAAAUAUCCUAUGAAGAAAAUUAAAAGAUCAAGCUGUAAAUUGGGGAAAUGUUUCAAAUAACUUAUUUCAGAGAGGAUGACUACAUAAUAUACACAGAGAUUUUAAGAACUCAACAACAACAAACAGUGCCAUGUAAAAGCACUCCAAGACACACAGGUGGUCAAUAUGCACAUGAAAAGCUGUGGCACAUUGUAUGUCACUCAAGAAAUGCCAGUUCAAAUAAUAUUGAGGUGUCAUAACACAACUACUAGAAUGUCAAGAUUGCAGAACACCAACAUCGUCAGAUGCUGAGGAGGAGGUGGAGCACCAGGAACGCUGAUUUCUGGCAAUGGGAAUGACAACUGAUGUAGCCACUUUGGAAGACAAUUGGUAGUUUCUUGCAGCACUGAGUGUCUUCUAACUAUGUGAUCCAGCAAGCAUGCUUUUGUAGAGCUGACCAUCAAAUAACAGCCACAGGGAGCAUGGUGGUUUUGGUACAUUUGGGGUUUUCUUUAUGUUCUGCUAAUAUGAACAUAUUAACCAUGGGAUAUAUUCCUGUUGUGUGCCUUCUGAAUGUAUCUCCUAUAUCACAACAAAACUGUAUAAAAUUCAAUUUUUCUGGGUAAAAUUAAUAAGAAACAUUCACCUUAAUAAAUUAUAAGCCCAUAAAAAAUUCUUUAUAUUUUCAAAAGAAUUUUAAUAUUAGUAUACACUUUUAGCAUAUUAUAUCAUGACUCUAUUUCCACGUAGUUUCAGCUCAGCGGAGGUAUGCUUAGCACUACUGAUAUUUAGGAAGUGACAUAAACUACAGGUUACAGCUGUAACUCAAAACUACAUUUAGAAUUCGUGACGACCAAACUAUAUGCAAUCAUGAAAAUGGACACUUGGUGGCGCUGUCGACUAAGGGUGAGAAUUAUGGGCUCGCAUAUACCCAGAAAGUCACGAGAGCUGGAAAACAGAAUGCUCUCUACACCCUAGAAGAAGUAUUUGAUUGUGGUCUAGGUAUUUGAGAAAACCUCGCGGACAGUAAGGCAUUAAAGAUUAAAUUCAAGGAUAUUUUACCAAACAAUUUCUGUGGAUUGAAACUGACUAGAAGCAGCAGCGCCCUCUGGACAAAAUCUGAACAAUGGAGACCGCACUAGGAAAAACGCCAGAGAAAAGGCAAGUCGUUUUCCUUACUAUGUUAUUGCUAUUGUGGAAGUCUGACGCUGAGACAAUUAGAUAUUCCAUGCCAGAAGAGACAGAGAGUGGCUACUUAGUGGCUAAUUUGGCAAAAGAUCUUGGGCUCCGGGUUGGAGUACUGGCUACUAGGGGGGCACGAAUCCAUUACAGAGAAAACAAAGACCUCUUGCAGCUGGAUACAAAGACAGGGAAUUUAUUCCUGAGGAAAAAACCUGACCGUGAGGUGUUGUGCGGGGUGACAGAACCCUGUGUGCUGCACUUCCAGGUCAUACUGGAAAACCCUGUGCAGUUCUUCCAAAUUGAACUGCAGCUCACAGAUAUAAAUGACCACUCUCCAGAGUUCCCUGACAGGAAAAUGCUCCUAAAAAUCCCUGAGAGCGCCCAACCAGGGGCCAUGUUUCCUCUGAAGGCAGCGCAGGACUCUGACAUAGGGAGCAACGCUGUUCAGAACUACACAGUCAGUCCCAACCUCCAUUUCCAUGUCGUUACUCACAGUCUCUCGGAUGGCAAAAAAUACCCAGAGCUGGUGCUGGACAGAGCCCUGGACAGGGAGGAGCAGCCUGAUCUCACUUUAACCCUCACUGCUCUGGAUGGUGGAGCUCCGCCCCAGUCAGGAACCACCACAGUUCACAUUGAAGUUGUGGACAUCAAUGAUAACGCCCCCCAAUUUGAACAGUCGCUCUAUGAGGUGCAGAUUCCUGAAAACAGCCCACUCAAUGCCUUAGUUGUCAUGGUCUCUGCCAGGGAUUUAGAUGCUGGGAUAUAUGGAACUGUAACCUACUCUCUGUUUCAAGGUGGUGAACUAUCUCAACCAUUUGUAAUAGACGAAAUCACAGGAGAAAUUCGUCUUAAAGGGGCAUUGGAUUUUGAGGUAACUCCAUAUUAUAACAUAAAAAUUGUAGCUACAGACACAGGAGGCUUUUCAGGAAAAUGCAGUGUAGCUGUACAGGUGGUGGAUGUGAACGACAAUGCCCCGAAACUCACCAUAUCUUCGCUCACUAGUUCCAUCCCAGAAAAUGCUCCUGAGGCUGUAGUUGCUGUUUUCAGUGUUUCUGACCCAGAUUCUGGGGAUAAUGGAAGGAUGGUGUGUUCCAUUCAGAAUGAACUUCCAUUUCUUUUGAAGCCCACAUUCGAGAAUUAUUAUACUUUAGUAACAGAGGGGCCACUUGAUAGAGAGAGCAGAGCUGAAUACAACAUCACGGUCACUGUCACUGACCUGGGCACCCCCAGACUCACAACCCAGCACACCAUAACAGUGCAGGUGUCCGACAUCAAUGACAACGGCCCCACCUUCACCCAAGCUUCCUACACCAUGUUCGUCAAGGAGAACAACAGUCCCGCCCUGCACAUAGGCACCAUCAGUGCCACAGACUUAGACUCAGGCUCCAAUGCCCACAUCACCUACUCGCUGCUGCUGCCUCCCCAGGUUCCACACCUAUCCCUCAAUGAUCUGGUCUCCAUCAAUGCAGACAAUGGGCAGCUGUUUGCUCUCAGGUCACUGGACUAUGAGGCCCUACAGGCCUUCGAGUUCCAUGUAGGCGCCACAGAUGGAGGCUCACCCGCGCUCAGCAGUCAGGCUCUGGUACACGUGGUGGUGCUGGACGACAAUGACAAUGAGCCCUUCGUGCUCUACCCACUGCAGAAUGCCUCUGCGCCCUGCACUGAACUGUUACCCAGAGCUGCGGAGCCAGGCUACUUAGUCACCAAGGUGGUGGCAGUGGACCGAGACUCUGGUCAGAAUGCCUGGCUAUCGUUCCACCUGCUCAAGGCCACGGAGCCCGGGCUGUUCAGCGUGUGGGCACACAAUGGCGAGGUGCGUACUACCAGGCUGCUGAGCGAGCGUGAUGUGCCCAAGCACAGGCUGCUGCUGGUGGUCAAGGACAAUGGCGAUCCUCCGCGCUCUACCAGUGUCACAAUGCAGGUGCUGCUGGUGGAUGGCUUUUCGCAACCCUACCUGCCUCUGCCUGAAGUCAUGCGGGACCCCGUUCAAGAAGAUCAUGAUGCUCUCACGCUGUAUCUGGUCAUUGCCUUAGCAUCUGUGUCUUCAUUCUUCCUCUUGUCUGUCCUGCUCUUCGUGGGGAUAAGGCUGUGCAAGAGGGCCAGGGCGGCUUCUCUGGGUGUCUGCUCUGUGCCUGAGAGGCAUUUUCCUGGUCACCUGGUGGAUGUUAGCAGAACUGGAACUCUGUCCCAGAGCUACCAGUAUGAGGUGUGUCUGACAGGAGACUCUGGGACUGCUUCUCUUCACCUUUCAAAAGAGCCAGGGAAUUUCUGGAAAUUUCAGCAGUCUAUUUGAUCCUGGGUAUUAGUUCUCAGAAAUUUUCACUUCAUGUUGUUUUGUAGAUGUGGAAAGCAAGAUAUUUGAUUAAUUCCUAAUUUGUUAUUUGGUCCAACUUUAAAGUAUUCUCAGUCAAUUUAAUUUUUCAAUUCUGCUGACCACUGCAUAAUUCAAAAGUAUUUGUUCUUAAUUGAUUUGAAUUAUAAUGAAUUUAACUGAAUUAUGAAUUACUUGUAUUCAGUGACCUAAAUAAACUUAUUUUGUGAUUUCUAAGUUGGUAAAUUUGUAUGGAUACAACUACAAGAAAGCUUUGUUGAACUUUUUACAGAAUAUGAGCAAUCGAAGAGUUAGGUUAAUAAUCUAAUAUCUGUACUAAUAUGUUUUUCUUUUUAUGCAUUCACUGCACAAACCAAUGGGUUUCCUUAUGAGUUUGUCAUGCAUGUAUAUAAUGUAUACACAUUGAUUUUGUUUACCCUUUAUUUGGUUUUUAUAUCUCAAGUGUCACUCCUCUGGAGUUUAGAUAUUUGCAUCUUUCCCUGAAAUAAUGUUUUCCCCCUAAGGAUAUGAUGAAGUAUAAAAGGAAAGUGGCUGACAAUUUCUUAUCCUUGAUAUGUAAGUUUUGGUUACUUGGCUUCAAAAUUGAAGUGAAAAAGAUUGUAAAGUUGAGAAAAACUAAGGACUAACAAAACAUAUCAAUAGGACUUAAAUAUGACAGCCAACUGUAAUGACUUGCCCACUUUGUGACAAAUACCUACUCUGGUGUGGUGUCCAGCAUUCAGAAUGCCCACCAAAAGUAAAAACAAACAAACAAAUGAGCUAUUAUUAUAGGCCAAAAGUAAGGCAUUUGCCUCAUAGGGAAAAGUCUCUAGGUUCAAUCUCCCUAGCAUUACAAAGAAAUAUUCCCUCUCUUCCUUCAUGAUCAAAGGUCAUAAAAGAUAUUUUCAAAUAUGAAGUUAAAGAUUAUGCAUGUGUUUGCUAGAAUUCCUUCCAAAUUAGGUAGAUUAUCUGACAGCAGGAAACAACCAUAAGAACUGACUGUCAUAUGCUAUCUCUUCAAAGCAACAGGAAGCUGAUUAUAUGAGAACUGAGUCCUACAGAUAUGUGCUCAAAGAAUAAUCAACAGGUGCAUGAUAUAGACAGUAAUUCAGUAGCUCCGACAGAAGGGAGGACUCAGGCUCAGGGCCAGUUUUCCUUGCCACUUGUCAACUCAGCACCAG